GAGAAAGAGAUCCACUUGUUUGGCUGGCUGUCACCGUGCUUCCUUCAUGGUCCUCUGUCGCAACAUACACUCCCUCUCUCACUUAUUCACCCACACCCAUCCAUAGCGUAGUUGGAAUACCUCCACGACCAUACAUCGACCAGCACCACCUCUUCCUACAUCAUCCCCCGAUGAUUGUGGGCGAGACCCUCUUCUGGGUUGAGUUUGGAACACUUACAGGAACGGAACAGGGUGAAGAGUGAGAGAGGCACGGAGAGAGACACGGAGUGAGGCACGGAGUGAGGCACCCACCCAUCUCGUCCUCCUCGUCAACAAAUACCAGAUACAUCCAUUGAGAAGACAGAGAGAGGAGGGAAGGGAGGUGAGAGACCGCGGACGGAGACCCACCAAAAAGCAAGGCGCGGAAGAACACCGAGGAGAAGGAGGAGAUCAAGAACAAGGCGGAGGAGAACUCGUCGAGGUGGACGUCGACCGCCGAGGACGAGACGGAGACCCACUAGAAGCUAAGACGGACAAGACGAAGACGUGAAAGAGAAGUGAGGCAGGAAGAGGACGACGAGACGGACACGGACAACACGGAGAAGGAGACGGACACGGAGAAGGCAUUGGAGUGGAGUGGAGCAACGAGAAAGAGAGAGCAGAAUCAGCUAACGCCAUAUUGGAUCAAUAUCUGGAUUGGAGUCCACCUCGGGGGGAACAAGAUGUUGUAGAAGUCCAGUAUUAUUAGCGUUACUAUGUGCCCUCCUCGGCUAGGUAUUUGUCUCCAGAAUCAACGAUAGUCUCUCGUGGUGGCGACUCUCAUCCAAAGUGCCGAUCUCCUCUUCCACCACCACCACCAUCAUCACCGUCACCACAACCACCAUCACCAAUUCCGUUACCACCAGUCAGUGACGCCAUCGCCUCCAACAAUUGAGGUUCACAUCUCCUGCCAGUGUCACCCCUACGACCCCUUUCGGGCGUAUCGCUCCCUGUUCCCCAUCGAGUGACCCCCUCAACACGAGGGUGGCUACCCAACCAAUCAGUGCGGGUAGAUAGGCCUACCCUGUGAGAAGCCUUCAGCUGCCUUCUCACCCCAUUUCUUUAUCAUCAUCGCAUCCACAUCCUCGUCGUCGUCGUUACUGACGUCGUCGUCGUUGUUGUUGUUGUCGUCAAAGUAGUUGUCCCGUGGCACGUCCUGAUCAAUCAGGUGGUGGCCCCGUGGCACAAGUGCUGCAGGGAGUGUGGGUUCCUCAGAGAAUUUCAAGAUCAGUUUAAAAACCAUCAUGGGGUGUGCCAUGUCUGCCGAGGAGAGGGCCUCCAGGGCCAGGAGCAAACAGAUUGAAAAGAACUUGAAGGAAGACGGCAUCCAAGCGGCCAAGGACAUCAAAUUGCUAUUAUUGGGAGCGGGAGAGUCUGGCAAAAGCACCAUCGUGAAGCAGAUGAAAAUCAUCCACGAGAGUGGUUUCACAUCCGAAGACUUCAAACAGUACAGACCGGUGGUUUACAGCAACACCAUUCAGUCCCUGGUCGCCAUUUUGAGAGCAAUGCCCAACCUCGGCAUCACAUUUGCCAACACCGACAGAGACGGCGAUGCCAAAAUGGUCAUGGACGUGGUCUCUCGGAUGGAAGAUACCGAACCUUUCUCCGAGGAGCUUUUAGCAGGCAUGAAGCGCUUGUGGGCGGAUGGAGGCGUGCAAGAGUGUUUCGCCAGGUCCAACGAGUACCAACUGAACGAUUCUGCCAAAUACUUUUUGGACGAUCUCUCUCGCCUCGGGGCCAAGGAUUACCAGCCCACAGAGCAAGACAUCUUACGAACCCGAGUCAAAACCACAGGAAUCGUCGAGGUUCACUUUUCGUUCAAGAACCUGAAUUUCAAACUCUUUGACGUGGGAGGACAGAGAUCGGAAAGAAAGAAAUGGAUUCAUUGCUUCGAGGACGUGACUGCAAUUAUUUUCUGCGUGGCGAUGUCAGAAUAUGAUCAAGUCCUUCAUGAGGAUGAGACCACAAACCGAAUGCAAGAGAGUUUGAAGCUCUUUGACUCGAUAUGCAACAACAAAUGGUUCGGAGACACGUCAAUAAUUCUAUUCUUGAACAAGAAGGAUCUCUUUGAGGAAAAAAUUCUGCGAUCUCCACUAACCAUCUGUUUCCCAGAAUAUGCUGAAGGAAAUCUAUUGUCACAUGACAUGUGCCACGGACACACAGAACGUCCAGUUUGUGUUCGAUGCCGUCACGGAUGUGAUCAUAGCCAACAACCUUCGCGGGUGUGGCCUUUACUAAGACCGGUCAAAUAACGAAUCCAGCUUCUAUGACAAAAAGCACACCGCUUCAGCUGCCGUCUAUCAUUAAUUUGUUGUCAACUUUCAUACCCCCCCCAAGCACACAAAAGAAAACCAAACAACAAGGAAGAAGACCCCGUUCAUUUUUGUUCUCGCCCCACUUCAUCGAUUGACUUUGUUUUUGGUUUCAAAUUGACAUUCCAUUCCUCCCAGGGUUCAAUUGGGGUCCUGUCUCUACGUUUGUACUAGAUUUGCUUGUUCAAUCCCUUCAAAUCUCCGUUAUUAGUAUCAUCUUCAAUUUGUUUGUUCAUCUUCAUCAUCUUCACCACCAACAAAAACAACAAAAACACCAACACCAUUACUGUAAGUUAACCCGCCAUCUCCUGUCCUUUGUGGCAGCUAAUUGACAAUUCAAUUGAAUACGGCUACUUCUAUCAUCACUACUUUUACCCACAAGAACACCAACAUCAUCUACAACAGACACACCAAACACAUGAUGACUAAGUACCUUUGUACGGGUUAGUUUUGCUAAUUUGAGGUUUGUCUCCUCCUCGUCCUUUCAAAAGAAACAAGAAUUUCAAGAUGGCUGCCUAGUCUCACCGGUCAUUGGAUAGGGAAUCCUCUGCCCUUAUUAACGGAGGAAGAACUUUUCAAAUCCUGCCGGCUUUGCCACAUCCAAUAUGCGUUUCUCUUGAACUUUACCAACGGUUCAAAGAAACAAUUUAAAUUUUGGACACGCCCCUCCUAAUCUUAAGUGGGCGUUCCUACUUUGGACACAGCGUUCAAAUCUGUUUCAUUCUUUUAUUCUCUACGUUUUAUUUACAACAAAGGUCGUCUUGUCUGGGGAAGCAUCAUAAAAGGACCUUGGGCAGCCUCAAACGAUUCGACCUUGUCUCGUACUAUUUAACUCUAUGGCUGUUUAAUAUAAAAAGAAUAAAUGAGAGAUUGAAUACUACAAAAA